AUGGCACAGCAAGCGACACGCACGCUGCGGAUCGGUAUGGUGCCUGCUGACGGCAUUGGCCGGGAGGUGCUUCCUGCAGCGCAGCGUGUCAUGACUGCUGCGCCUGGUAUUCCUCCUUUGGAAUUUGUGCACCUGGACGCCGGCUUUGAGUACUUUCAGCAGCACGGCACGUCGCUUCCCCAAGCGACCAUCGAAACGCUGAAGGGAUCGUGCGAUGGCGCGAUGUUUGGCAGUGUAUCGAGCCCUUCGCACAAGGUGGAAGGGUACACGAGCCCGAUCGUGCGUCUGCGCAAAGAGCUCAACCUCUACGCCAACAUUCGCCCCGUCACCGGCCCGGUCCUCCCUGGCUCGAUAUACACCAAGCCAGUGGACAUGGUCACCAUCCGUGAAAACACCGAGUGCUUGUACGUCAAGCAGGAAUCGCUGGAAGACGGCCCGGAUGGAAAGGUCGCUCGCGCCGUGCGUCUCAUCACGGAGAAAGCAUCCACGCGCAUCGGCCGCAAAGCGCUCGAGAUUGCGCGCGCGCGUGCGGCACUGCGCAACGAGACGGGAAGCACGACGCCUACAAAAGUCACGAUUUGCCACAAAUCCAACGUGCUCUCCGUCACCGACGGUCUUUUCCGCACGUCUGUGCGCAGCGUCUACGACGCAGACAAGCCAGAGAACGGUGGAGAGGGCCGCUACGCGCGCGUGGGCCUCGACGAGCAGCUUGUAGACAGCAUGGUGUACCGCAUGUUCCGUGAGCCGGAAGUAUUUGACGUGAUCGUCGCGCCGAAUCUGUACGGCGACAUUAUCAGCGACGGCGCGGCGGCCUUGGCGGGCUCCUUGGGCCUCGUAUCCAGUGUGAAUGCCAGCGACGACUUUUUCAUGGGCGAGCCCGUGCAUGGGUCUGCGCCCGACAUUGCAGGGCAGGACAAGGCGAACCCCAUUGCCUCGAUCCGCUCUGCGGCGCUCAUGCUAGAGUACAUGGGCUUCAGCGAGCCCGCAUUGGCCAUAUACAAAGCCGUCGACGAGGUGCUAAUGGACGGCAAGACGCUCACGCCCGACCUUCCGGGCGGUACUGCGACUACCUCGCAAGUAGUCGACGCUGUGCUCAACGCAUUGUGA